AUGAUCAAGGUCGGAUACACCGGCCGGACGAUAGAUUCUCGACUAGACGAAUGGGCUGAAUGCGGCAACGGCUUGCCAAAAUUUCUCGGCCAGAUCUUACGCGUGCGACACCCAGAACGCGUCGAGACGUUGAUACACUUCGAGCUAGUGGAAUGUCGGCGCGGUCGCCUCACUGAGGUCACGGUCAGGAACACGGGCGCCGUGCGUGGUGCAGAGGUCGUCCAGGUUUACAUCGCCCCCAGCCAGCAGGCGCGCGUCAACCGCCCCAUCAAGGAGCUCAAGGGCUUCACCGAGGUCGCCCUUGAGCCCGGCCAGAGCGAGCGCGUCACCGUCGAGGCGUUGACUAGAUACGCCGCCGCCUAUUGGGAUGAGUCCCGCCACAAGUGGUGUGUCGAGGCUGGUGAAUACAAGGUCAUUGUGUCUGACAGCAGUACCGUCUCGGACAAAGCCGUCAGGGGGUCAUUCAAGAUCGACGAGACGUACUGGUGGAUCGGCUUGUAG